AUGGGUCAUAUUAUAACUAAGUUAAAGCAUUUAGAAAAAUCAUCGCCAGAAUCUGAAGUUGAAUUAUCAUCGAAGUCUGAAGAACCAACACGGUCCGACUUACAUACAUUAAUUGGAAAGUACCAAGCGGAAGGACAUAAAAUACAGAUCAAUGUAUUGAGCUUAGAUGGUGGAGGUACACGUGGUCACAUGUCCAUCAAAGUCCUUUGCCAGCUUAUAACAGAAAUAUAUCUUCCCGACAUUAAGGAAUUUGAUCCUGACAAUCAAGAACACAAGAAACUAUUCGUACAAGGUCAAUCAGAGUUCACUGAUGAAUUUGAUUACUUCGUUGGUACAAGUACAGGUGGACUCAUUGCUUUUUGUUUGGCUAUCAAACAUGAUUUAUUCAAUAUCAAGGAAAUAUAUGAAGAUGCUAAGCGAUAUUUCAAAAGUCAAUGGUUUACCUACUUCGGGCCACUUGAUCGUGAUAAAUAUGAUCCUACUCCUAUAUACAACAAAAUUGAUGAAAUUAUUGGUACAAUUAAGUUAAAAAAUGGCAAACGACUAACAGCUGAAGAUGCUACUUUACUUGAUAUACAUAAUUUAUUGAAUCCUAAUUGUACGAUUAAUGAUGACACAUCAGAGCUGCAUCGUCAAUAUCAUAGUAAAUGGUUAGAAUUUGUUGACGAUCUCAGUAACCCUUCGUGUAUCCAACGUGAAAAAGUCUUACUUAUUACUGCUUACAAUACAACAACAGACAGCAUGACCAUAUUUAAUACAAGUUAUGCUGAACAUUGGGGAUAUCGUAUAGCAGAUGUAUUAAAGGCCACGAUGGCUGCUCCUACUUUCUUUCGACCGUGCACGAUGUAUAAGAGAAAAAAAGUUAAUAAUCAUUUUGAACGAGAUAGUAACGAUGAAACAUUUAUUGAUGGUGGCGUAUUUGCCAAUGAUCCAGAAUUGGCGGCAUUAUGGGUAAUACGAAUGCAAUGGAAAAAGCCGGUCAAUUAUCGUUUACUUUCUAUAGGUACAGGAUGUUAUAAUGCAAAAGUAUCAGUCGACAAUUGGAAGGGUGGUUAUUUGUUUUGGCUACUACAACAGCCGAGAGGAUUGUUGGUCAAUAUGCUUAUGGACAGUACACGUAGUUUGACUGAAACCGUUAUGAACAAUCUAGCCAAAUUCGAUAAUAUCAAACGAAUAAAAUUCAAUUACAAAUUAAAAGAACCUAUGGAGUUAGAUGAUCCAAAUUUUGCAAAAGUAUUUAAUAACGAAUGGGAAUAUUUGAAAACUGGAGACGAUUUUAAUGCAUUACUUUAUUUUUACAAAAAAUAUAUCGAAAAGAAGCAGAAAUAA